GAAAUGUUCUUGCCCCAUUUUUUCUUUUAAUUUUCUUUUUGGCGCUAUGCUUCUCUUUUUAUCAAAGUUGGCCCAACCGUAGCCAUUUCCAGAUUGCCACUCCUUUUUUCCGAUCAAGCCAACAGAGAAAAAGAGGAAAUUCCAGUGUAGAAAGUUUGAAGUGCCACGCGCUCACCACGCAGCUGCAGGAAAAAAGCUAGACCUCUUUCGAUUAUUAUCAAUCGAGUCUCGAUAUCGAUCUGCUGCGAGGUGUGGACACAAGCAGUGUUAUGCUGGAGUUAUUCUCACCGAGUUGAAUCGAAUUGUUGGAGUUGGGGCUCUGAUUGUAAUUCUGAGGAUGAAGAGGUUGAAGGGUGGUGAGCCUUCAAGUGUUAGGAGGUUCAAGUUAUCAUACCUUCUGCUGGGUGCAGCCUUGUUUUAUUUGAUCCUUGUUUUCUUCAAAUUUCCGGAGUUUUUCGAGAGUGCAUCUGUUUUGAGCGGUGAUGAUAGUCAUGGCGGUCUUCAUGGACUCUCCAUUGUUGAUGAAAAGAGUGCAGAGAUAUCCGAAUCAGAGUCAGACAUUAGCUCAGAUGGCUUUCACAGGAUAUUACAGAACAAUGAAAAGCAAGACGGUUCUGUAAACCCUGGAGAUGUAAUUUCUCGAGAGAAGGAGAAUCACCAAAAACAAGAGAGUCCUACAUCGCAGAGGUAUGGUCGAAUAACUGGUGAAAUUUUGAGGCGAAUUAAUAGCACAAAGAAUUUAUCUGUGCUGGACAAGAUGGCUGAAGAGGCUUGGGUCUUAGGGUCCAAGGCAUGGAAUGACGUGAAUAAGUACGAUGAGAAGGACAUUGACAUGAACACGAUACUCGAAGGAAAGCCUGAGUCAUGCCCUUCUUGGGUUUCGAUGAAUGGAGAGGAGUUGGCCAAGAGAGAUUAUAUAAUGUUCCUACCAGGUGACUGGAGCCAUCAACAAGUGAUUGAGCAUAAUACUUGUUACAGGAUGCAGUGGGGUACAGCUCAGAGGUGUGAUGGGUUGCCAUCCAAAAGUGACGAUGAUAUGCUGGUGGAUGGGCAAAGGCGGUGUGGUAAAUGGAUGCGUAAUGAUGUCAUAGAUACAAAGGAGUCUAAGAUAUUUUCAUGGUUUGAGAGAUUUAUAGGACGUGCAAAAAAGCCAGAAGGUUUUACACUGGAAGAUGCAACGGGAUUGGCAAUCAAAGGUGAUGUGGAUGUUCAUUCGGUAUAUGCUACCUCAUUGCCAACCUCUCAUCCAAGUUUCUCACCCCAAAGAGUAUUAGAGUUCUCUGAGAAAUGGAAAUCCCAUUCCUACCCCAUACCCAAAGGGAGUGUUCAGCUCUUUAUUGGAGUUCUUUCUGCUACCAAUCACUUUGCAGAGCGUAUGGCGGUGAGGAAAACGUGGAUGCAAUCUUCAGCUAUUAAAGCCUCCAAAGUAGUUGUUCGGUUCUUUGUUGCACUGAAUCCUAGGAGUGAGGUGAAUGCAAUUUUGAAGAAGGAGGCUGCAUUCUUUGGUGAUAUAGAGAUCAUACCGUUCAUGGAUCGUUAUGAGCUAGUAGUCCUCAAAACUGUUGCAAUUUGUGAAUAUGGGGUCCGGAAUGUGACAGCUGCUUAUGUAAUGAAAUGUGAUGAUGACACUUUUAUUAGGGUAGACACAAUCUUAAAAGAUAUUGAAAGGGCUUCUUCUGGGGGGUCGUCGUUGUAUUUGGGCAAUCUAAAUCUCUUGCACCGACCUCUUAGGAGUGGUAAAUGGGCCGUCACUUAUGAGGAAUGGCCAGAGGAAAUUUAUCCUCCAUACGCCAAUGGGCCUGGAUAUGUAAUAUCAUCCGACAUUGCGAAGUUUAUUGUCUCUCAACAGGCAGAUCGUAGUUUACGGCUAUUUAAAAUGGAGGAUGUGAGCAUGGGAAUGUGGGUAGAGCAGUUCAAUAGCACGAAAAACGCAGUCAAAUAUUCACAUAGCUGGAAUUACUGCCAAUACGGGUGCAUGGAGAAUUACCACACGGCACACUAUCAAUCCCCAAGACAGAUGAUCUGUUUAUGGGACAAUCUGAUGAAGGGCCGUCCUCGCUGCUGUAACAUCUGAGCCAACAACUUGAAAAAGUUGUAGCCGGUAAUUCAAGAUUCUCGAAAUUCCUUUGAAGUCUUCGUGUUGUGAUCUGAUGAGGAAAUCUAAAAAGGGUUUUUUUUAUUUUUUGGUGUACAAGUACAGGAUAUGGCUGUGACAAUUGUAAUGGGUUUAGCUGCUUUUGUUGUUGUUAGGGUUACAGGGGUAUUGGUAACAAUCUGAAUGGAGGUGUAGUUUUCUCCAAAAGCUAAGUUUUGCUGGAUCGAUCGUGUGUUUUAGUGGUCUUCGGAUUUAGAACUAUGCAUACGUGCUAGGUUUCGGUAGUUGGGGAACUCUUUAGAAUAUGUUUUUUUCUUCUUUUCUCUUUUCACUUGCCUUUGGGGUUCAAUCUGAAGUUGUAUUUUGGUGGGUGCAUGUGAAUUGGACACUAUUUUGUCAUCUUAGUUUUAUGUCACUGUAUCCUUACAUCCUGCUAGAGAAGAAUUAGGCUUGUAAACAAGCCGUGGCGUGCUCGGCUCGUUAAAUAAACAAGCCUGAAAUCGAGGUCGAGCUUUACUCUUUUAUCACUAAUAAUGAGUCGAGUUUGAGCAUUAACGAUUCUGAAGUGAAUAAGAUUUCACCUGGGUUCCUUCAACUCGAAUUGCCACCAGACCUGCAAGAACCCAACGUCGGGAAGGGUCCCGGCGUCGGGCCUCCGAC